AUGGAUUCUUAUACUUCUUCUCAGUUUGUGUCACAAGAGGGUUUCAAACUGUUUCAUUCCAUUGACAGAGAUUUGUACACCAUCUUGGUAAUUCACCUCUGCAGGGACCCACUGGAGUCCAUGCAGGUCAUGGCCCUCUGGCUCUGGUUGGAGAAAGUUGGGUUCAAGAAUGCUGUGAAAAAGAUCCUAUCUUUACCUUUCAUUUUGAUCAAUGAGCUUGCAGAUGAGGCAGUGACAUGCCUCAACAUAAUCAACGGCACCCAUUUUUCUUUACCAUUUGAGGCCAAUGACAUUCCUCUCCUCCAAAGCUUCAUGGAAAAAGAAGUGUCCCUCCAAUUUUUCCAUGAAAAUCAGCAAGCCGCAGCUCAAGGUGUCACCAAAGCUGCCAACAUUGUGUGCCUCCCAGCAUUUGAUGAUAUUAUGAAGCAAGCCAUUGAGAUAAAUUCUUCCCAAAACUCAGCAGAUCACAGCCAGGUGAUUUUAUCAUCAUCAUCUUCUUCAUCUUCAUCUUCAUCUUCAAUUCAACAACAACAGCUACAAGCUUUGCCCCAAAUUCUGGUGCCACCAAACGAGAGGACCAUGUUUGUGACGUUCUCAAAAGGGUACCCAGUACAUGAGCAUGAGGUGAAGCAAUUUUUCACGGCAGCAUUUGGGGAUUGCGUUGAGUCUCUGCAGAUGCAAGAAGUGCAGCCUUUUGAACAAUCUCUGUUUGCUCGUGUGGUUUUCCACUCUGCAUCAACCAUUGAAGCCAUACUCAGUGGGGUGAGCAAGGCCAAAUUUACAAUCAAUGGAAAGCAUGUGUGGGUCAGAAGAUUUGUGCCAAAACGCGCAAGGUCUUUGCUUCCACAAAUGCCGUGGCAACCAAUUUCCCCUUUUGGGCCAUAG